AUGGCUACUGAGCCGAGUUUCCAAGUUCGCAAGCUACAGCUAUCAGACAAGGGAAAAGGAUUCAUCGAGCUCAUGAGACAGCUCAGCGUCGGCGAUCCCAUCUCCGACGAAGAUUUCGUGCAGAGGUUUCAAGAGCUGAGCUCCCAUGGGGACGACGAUCUCAUCUGUGUGAUAGAAGAUGAACGGCAGUCGAAGAUCAUAGCCACCGGUUGCGUGUUUGUAGAGAAGAAGUUGUUGAGGAACUGCGGCAAGGUCGGCCACAUUGAGGACGUCGUCGUCGACUCAAGCGCCAGAUUGGGGAUGAAGAUUGUGGAGUUUCUCGCGGAUCAUGCGCGGUACAGAGGUUGCUACAAGGUGAUUCUGGACUGCAGCAGCGAAAACAAGGCGUUCUAUGAGAGGUGUGGGUUUAGGGAGAAGGAAAUCCAGAUGGUUCAGUAUUUUGUUUAG